UAUCACAUGAUUAAUAUAACUGUAAACUGUUCUCUAUAAUUAUUCACACAGAAUAUUUGUGUGUUUUUAAUAUUUAUACUUUAUUGUGUUGUUUAGAAACUGAAUUUUGACUGAAAGCAAAGACUAAAUUCCUAUUCAAGGUAGUAUGUGUGUGCAAUACCAAAAUUAAUAUGUUAUGGUCAUUGGUAAACUGAACACUGAGUGAAGGAAAUAGCAAUUUUGUAGAUAGAGCAAUUAUAGCUUUGACGUGUCAAUAUACAGGCCAAUUAUGACUGUAACACAAUGUCUCUGUUAUCAUCAAUAUAUUUUGUAUGUUCUCAAGGCAUUAAAUAAACAUGAUGUUUCCACAAAAACUCAUAUUUUGUAUGUAUGUUUCAUUUCAUAUAGGGUCGAUCAAGAUGUGGAAAUUCGAUAAACAAUCCUUUACUGGUCACCCAGAAUUCUCGAAUGACUGCUUGACAGUGACGUCAAAACGGUUUGAUGUCGAAAGUGUGGUUGGCACAGAUGACUUUAUAACUGGGAAACAUUCGUGGUGUUUUAAGAUCAAUAAGUUUGGCCGAGGUUUAGCUGUCGGCAUUUCUCUAAAAGGCGAACACCUUCACAGGCUCGGUUGGAAAACUGGUAACAAGUGGGUGUGGACAUCGGGUGGCACUAAGUAUAGUCCCCAAUCCCUCGUAACCCAAUCCCCAUUGGAAUGGUGGGAGGAGGGUGAUGUACUCAAGUGCCAACUGGACUGUGAUAAGCAAGAAUUGAUUAUUGAGAAUUUGCGGACUCAUAAAUCAGACAUACUCGCAGGUUUCGAAGAUCCAGUUCAGCCGUAUUUUGAUUUGUUUCUUGACGUUAGCAUUGAAUUGAUUGAAGUUGAUGGCAUUCUUGUGAAAUAAUCUAAAACAGAAAAGAAAGUAAUUUGUUGUGUGAGAUGAGAAUUAUGUGUGGUACAAAUUAUAUUUGGUGAAGCUUUGAAUUGAAAUACUGGUAUGUAGUGUGUAGAGAUAAAUUCAAGGCUGCUAUUAGGCCCGUUUCCGAUGGCAUUACUCUUCAUGCGCCAAAUGUACUUUGUGUUAAAUGCGACACCGGGGUGAUACAAGAAUGGCAACACUUCAAACAGCAUGCAAAAUAUAAGGUUAAAUUUGAAAAGGUUGAGACCCUAGUUGAAGCACAUUUGCAAACAAAUCCUAAAUAAAAAAUUUCAAAGUGUUUAGUUAAGUUUGGCACAUGAGUUGAGCGGCGUGUGGAUCAAUGUCGCCGUAUAACGCUUUUCUGAACUUGUGUCCAAUUUUUUUCACUCCAAAUUCUGCCACAAUACUUAAUUGAAUCGUACAUCGCUCUUAUGUUGUACCUAUAAUUGGUCAAUUAUGUUCAGCACAUGAAAAGUAUGCUGUCUAAAACGGGCCUAAUGUUCUGAGUUCAUUAGAAGUAUGUUUGUGCUUGGUAAACUAGUCAUAUUGGUGUCUGAAAUAAUGUUCAAUAAUUGUGUGGAAAGUAUGUACAAUCGAAAUGAAAUUGUUGGACAUUUUUCAAUUUUAUUUUGACUCAAUCCUGACAUCCAUACAUUGACGAAAGUUGUGUCAAUUAAUAGCAGCUGCAAUAAAUGGGCCUAUAGCAGCAGUUCUUGCAUCUGCUUGUGGUACUCGAAAGAAAUAUUAACAAAAAAAUUUCAAUACUUACAUAAUUAUAUAUAGCAAAUAUAUUUAGAAAACAUUAGCACCAUUAGUCAUGGAUACUCAAUUCUGCACUUGGUAUACAAUUUUAUACACAAAUAUUUAUAUGUGGUACUGAAUGAAUUUAGGGUGUUGUGAAUAGUCACUAUAAUAUUAGUAUGUGUAAAGAGAAUAUUUGUAUUUAAUAGGAAGUUGUAUGUAUUUUGGCUGUAUUUUUGUACCAGAGAAGAAAAUAUCAAAC